CAUGCAGGGGUCAUGGACAGAGCGGCGCUCCUAGGACUGGCCCGCCUGUGCGCGCUGUGGGCAGCCCUGCUCGCGCUGUUCCCCUACGGAGCCCAAGGAAACUGGAUGUGGUUGGGCAUCGCCUCCUUCGGGGUUCCGGAGAAGCUGGGCUGCGCCAACUUGCCGCUGAACAGCCGCCAGAAGGAGCUGUGCAAGAGGAAACCGUACCUGCUGCCCAGCAUCCGAGAAGGCGCGCGGCUGGGCAUUCAGGAGUGCAGGAACCAGUUCAGACACGAGAGAUGGAACUGCGUGGUCGCCACCUCCACCACCGCCGCCGCGGCCCCAUUCGGCACCAGCCCUCUCUUUGGCUACGAGCUGAGCAGCGGCACCAAGGAGACAGCAUUUAUUUAUGCUGUGAUGGCUGCAGGCCUGGUGCAUUCUGUGACCAGGUCAUGCAGCGCAGGCAACAUGACGGAGUGUUCCUGCGACACCACACUGCAGAAUGGCGGCUCGGCGAGUGAAGGCUGGCAUUGGGGAGGCUGCUCUGACGAUGUCCAGUAUGGCAUGUGGUUCAGCAGAAAGUUCCUAGAUUUUCCCAUCAGAAACACCACGGGAAAAGAAAACAAAGUACUGCUAGCAAUGAACCUCCAUAACAACGAAGCUGGAAGGCAGGCUGUUGCCAAGUUGAUGUCAGUCGACUGUCGCUGCCAUGGAGUAUCUGGCUCCUGUGCUGUGAAAACAUGCUGGAAAACCAUGUCUUCUUUUGAAAAGAUUGGCCAUUUGUUGAAGGAUAAAUAUGAAAACAGUAUCCAGAUAUCAGACAAAAUAAAGAGGAAAAUGCGCAGGAGAGAAAAAGAUCAGAGGAAGAUACCGAUCCACAAGGAUGACCUGCUUUAUGUUAAUAAGUCUCCCAACUACUGUGUGGAGGACAAGAAACUGGGGAUCCCAGGAACACAAGGCAGAGAAUGCAACCGUACGUCAGAGGGUGCAGAUGGCUGCAAUCUCCUCUGCUGUGGCCGAGGCUACAACACCCAUGUGGUCAGGCACGUGGAGAGGUGCGAAUGUAAGUUUAUAUGGUGCUGCUAUGUUCGUUGCAGAAGGUGUGAAAGCAUGACUGAUGUCCACACUUGCAAGUAAGUACUCCACCCAGUCUGCAGGAUUCCUCAGCAUCAUACAGUGACAGUGCAACCCAGGGGGUCUCUUUCCGUGUGCAGGGCUAGUAAAGUUGACUCCUUUCUAGGAAACCCCAGGUCCUUGGUCCUCUCUGAAAAUGUCCUUUACCCAAUCAACACAUCCACCAUGUGGAUGUUGGGGGG